AUGGUUUGUGUCUUUGGUUCAGAGCGUCAGUCGGAGCUGCCCACUCAGAGUAAGGCCAGUUUUCCCAGCCUGCUCAGCGACCCCGACCCAGACUCCUCUAACUCGGGCUUCGACAGCUCCGUGGCCAAUCAGAUCACAGAGUCUCUGGUGACCGGCCCGCGGCCGCCUCUGGAGAGCCACUUCCGGCCCGAGUUCAUCCGGCCCGCUCCGCCGCUGCUGGUGUGUGAGGACGAGCUGUCGUGGCUCAACCCGUGUGAGCCGGAUCACCGGAUACAGUGGGACCGGUCCAUGUGUGUGCGCAACGGCACGGGAGUGGAGAUCAAGCGCAUCAUGGCCAAAGCCUUCAAGAGUCCGCUAUCAGCGGCACAGCAGACGCAGCUGCUAGGUGAACUGGAGAAGGACCCAAAGCUGGUUUAUCACAUCGGUCUGACUCCAGCCAAACUACCGGACCUGGUUGAGAACAACCCUCUGGUGGCCAUCGAGAUGCUCCUGAAGCUGAUGUCCUCCAGCCAGAUCACGGAGUAUUUCUCUGUCCUGGUCAACAUGGACAUGUCGCUGCACUCCAUGGAGGUGGUCAACAGAUUAACCACAGCGGUGGAUCUUCCUCCUGAGUUCAUCCAUCUCUACAUCUCCAACUGCAUCUCCACGUGUGAGCAGAUCAAAGACAAGUACAUGCAGAACCGUCUGGUGCGUCUGGUGUGCGUCUUCCUCCAGUCCCUCAUCAGGAAUAAGAUCAUUAAUGUUCAGGAUCUGUUCAUCGAGGUGCAGGCCUUCUGCAUCGAGUUCAGCCGAAUCCGUGAGGCCGCCGGUCUCUUCCGCCUCCUCAAGACUCUGGAUAACGGAGAGAUGCCAGCCGAGGGCAAGACGGCCAAAUGAGCUCAAGGACUAAAGCUGAGUCUCUCCUCUAUUAAAGCACACGAGUUCAGCCUUUCAGCGCACAGAAGACGCCAGACUCAACGGCGUACGAACUCCAUCUGUUUUCUGUUCUUACAUGUACAACAUGCUCUGCUAUUUUGAUCCCAAACGCCAUAUUGUUUUGUCCAUUAAAGUGAUGGUUACUUGUACGCUCUCAGACGACGUGCUUCAG